UGUCUCCACCAAACCAAAAAGUGAACCUGAAAAAUCUCCAUAAAUAGAACUCAACCUAGGCGUGUGUUCUCCACACUUGCUCGAUCCUCUACUAAACAAAACAAAACAGACAAAGAGAUAGAUCAUCAAGUUUUCCAAAAACAUGGAUCAGCUAUCCCACAACACUAACAUGGACAUAGAGAAAGAAUCAGCAACCUUCGACUACUCAAAACGUUCUCAAUGGCUACGCGCCGCCGUUCUUGGAGCCAACGACGGUCUUGUCUCCACCGCUUCGUUGAUGAUGGGUGUCGGCGCCGUGAAGCACGACGUCAAGGCCAUGAUUCUAUCAGGAUUCGCCGGGAUGGUCGCCGGAGCUUGUAGUAUGGCUAUAGGAGAGUUUGUCUCCGUUUACUCUCAGUACGACAUAGAGUUGGCGCAGAUGGAGAGAGAAAGUGGAGAGAUAGAGAAAGAGAAGCUUCCUAGUCCGACACAAGCGGCUGCUGCGUCCGCACUUGCGUUUUCUGCUGGUGCGAUUGUGCCGCUUUUGGCGGCUGCGUUUGUGAAGGAGUACAAGACGAGGAUCAUUGCGGUCGUGGUGGCGGUUACUGUGGCACUAAUGGUUUUCGGGUGGCUAGGAGCGGCACUAGGGAAGGCACCAGCGGUUAGGUCAUCGGCUAGGGUUUUAUUUGGAGGUUGGUUAGCUAUGGCGGUUACGUUCGGGUUGACGAAGCUUAUUGGGUUGCAUGGACUGUAAAAAAUUGUUGUUUGUGAUGAAAAAUCUUUGAUAUAAGAUUUUAAAGGUAAGUGUUGUCAAUCCUAUAACGGAUUUUAAUUAAUUAGUUCGAAACUCAUGAAACUACUUAGCUUACUUGUAUGUUUUAAACAAAUUUAAACUCUUCUACUUUAAAACGAUCUUCAUAUAUAUUAUAGCUAA